AUGGGCCUUGGGUCAGUCCAGGGUCUUCUCAUUCCUCAUUGUACCGGUAAUAGCUUAGCCUGUGUUGCCAAUAUCUUAAUUGGAAUCAACCCACCAUUCAUCAGCCGCCUGGCCGACUGCUCUAGCUACCAAAAGGUGGUAGUGACACCUAGUCCAACAACCGUGUCCACUACUGUGGCAACUACUACGAUAACCGUGACCACCACCCUAGGAGCUGUCAUGCGCAGGGCUGAAGUCAAUGCACUCCAGGCGACCUCGACCCCGACGAGCGUGCCCACUUACCUAGGCCCUCAAUGCACCCAACCGGGCAUCUAUGGCUCUGCAUGUGCCUGUCUGGGCAUCCCACGCACUACCUCUACUGCACCAACCCCAACCGUUACUACCUCCGUCACAGCUACAACCACCACCACCGUGACCGUAACCCCUGUCCCUACUAGCUGCGUCGGCCAGACUUGCGGUAGCUACACGUUCAGUCCUUGCCCUGAGGGCACGUGCGCCUGCGGCCUUGACCCGGACAAUAACUCCUUCUGCUUCGUGGGCGGCGCAUGUAUCCUGGCUUGUACGACGAAUUCGGAUUGUGCUGCUGGAUCCAAGUGUCUGGUCGGUAGCUGUUGUGGUACCCCUAUCUGCCAAGUCGAAUCCUCAAGCACCUGCUCUAAUGUGGCCCUUCAACUGCAGGGUGCCGCGGCAGUGGCAGCAGAUGCGACCAGCUGCACUAGUGUCUCGUGCCCGAAUCAGGAUGAGCUUGAUUAG